AUGUCUCAACGCCGUUGCUAUCCGAUUCCGCGUCCACUGACCCAUUUCGACGCAUCUCGACCGACCAAUUCGAACGAUGUGCGACGGUUUCUGGAGGCGGACAAGGAGUUGCUCAGAAUCAAGAAUGUCUCACCUUGUACCAAUUACUUCCGCGUAGGUUUUUGGAAUUUAAAAAUAAUUUUUAAACUUGAACCAUUUUACUUUUUGUAAAAGAAGUUCUUGCCGUUUUAAGUUUUGUAAAGAAAGUUCUUGCCAUUUUACUUUUUGUAAAAGAAGUUCUUGCCGUUUUAUAGUUUGUAAAGAAAGUUAUUGCCAUUUUAUGUUUUGUAAAGAAAGUUCUUGCCAUUUUAUGUUUUGUAAAAAAAGUUCUUGCCAUUUUAUGUUUUGUAAAGAAAUUUCUUGCUAAUUGAAAUUUCAGCGUUUCAUGAAAGACCUCCAACUUCGCGUAGUCGAAGCUCCCGACUUUCUGGACGAGCGAGGUGGCGAAGAGAGGCCAGAACAAUUGGAGAAGCUCCCGAGUGUCAUCAAGAGCUCGAGAAGCGGCGAUUCCGAGUAUCGUGAGGUGCCCACCUGUAGCCGACGUCAUGACAUGAGUAGCUCCGAGACCGACGUCGAGAGUGGCGAAUCAACUCCGUUGAAGCUUAUUCAUCCGGAGUUAGAGAUGGCACUUAAUGAGGUAGGGUUGAUUUUUUAUAUUUUUUGGGGGGGGGGGGGGGGAGGUCUAAUUUUUUUUUAACUUUAGGCGUUUAAAAAAAUUUUUUUUAUAUUGUGUUGUUCAAAUAAUUCUGCGCCUCUUUCAAAGAAAAUUUUUGGGAUUAUGAGGCACAGAAUUACUUGAACCAUCUUCUAAUAGGUAUUUUAAAAUUUUUUUUGAAAUUUAAAAAAUACUUUAAGGGCUCAAAAAUCAAUUUGUCGCAACUUAUGGGAAGAUCGUGUCGUGCCCGUAGAGCUCAGCCGGGUUCGAACAAGUCCUCAAAGGAAAGCGACGAAUAUCAAAGUAAGCCUCUACAGUUCGGUGGGUUAUUUUGCUCUAGGGGGUGUUUUAAAAUUGAUGUUUUAUCACUGUUUAUAGUUUUUUGGCGCUAGGGCAAAUGUGGAUCUUAAACAUUUGCGGUUUUUUUUAAAGGUUUUUUUUAUUUUUUGAUUAAUUUAGUUGUAGUAUGGUACAUAAAGCUACUAAAGGGUCAAAUUGGUACUGUUUAAAUAUUUUUUGGUACUAAAUGGUACUAAAAGUCUAUAAUGGUACUGUUUUUAUAUUUUUUGGUACUAAAAGUGCGAAUUGGUACAAUUUUAACAUUUUCCGCACUUUAGUACCAUUUAGCACCGAAAACUACAAAAAUAGUACCAUUUUGGACUUUUAAUACCAUUUAGUACCAAAAAAUCCAAAACCGUACUAAUUUAAAUUGUAGUACCAUUUAACACUAAAAAAUACAAAAACAGUACCAUUUUGGACUUUUAAAGUACCAAAAACUAUAAAAACUGUACCAUUUUGGACUUUUAGUAUCCUUUAAUAGCAUUUUUUUUAAAUGUACAUGUUUUAUAUUAGGUUGUUAGAAUAAUUCUGUGUCCUCUCUCAAAGAAAAUUUUUGGGACUAGAGGCACAGAAUUAUGUGAAAAACUUAAUAUCUUACUUUAUGGUACCCUACUAUACCCUACCCUGGCUUAGCUGUACCUCUGCUCUAAAUUGCUCUGUCUUACCCUACUUUGCUCUACCCUACCCUAAUUUACACUAUCCUACCAUACCCUACUCUAUCCUACCUGUCAUUACCUACGUAGCCUUACCCUAUCUUUCCUUACUCUAUUUUACUUUACUCUAUCUUGUCUUAUUCUAUAUUACCCUACCGUACCUUAUCUUACUCUACCCUACUUUUCCUUACCCUAUCCUAUCUUACCAUGCCUUAUCCUACCUUACCCUACCUUAUCCUACCCUACCUUACCCUACCCUACCAUACCCUAACUUACCCUACCUACAUAGCAUUUUUUUUUCAGAACAAAAAAGCCUCGAAGAAGCCGAGUAAGACGAGCCAAGCUCGCAACACCACCCUGGACUUGUUGUCGAAGAAGGGCGUCCGGGUUGUCAAUUCGACCGACUUUACAGCCAAACGCGAACGAAUCGUUGAGACUUGUCCCAAACACAAGAAAACCCACGCCUACGAGAUUCUACGCAAGAAGCACGCCAUCGAGGUGUACGAGGUCAAAGCUGUGGAUUCGGAAUAA